AUGGCAGCCGUAGACGUGGAUGUCGUAGAGAGUGCUUUGAGAGAUGUGAAUUUAUCUAGUGGUAGAGAAAUUGUUUUAAAACCAGAGCAAGAAUCAGCAGUAAGGGCUCUUUUAGCUGACAGAGAUGUCCUGGCGGUUUUGCCGACCGGAUACGGCAAGAGUUUAAUUUACCAAAUGUUUGUACGUGCGAAGAACUACGAGCUAAAUGGUAAUGCGGCGAUUCUCGUCAUUUCGCCACUGAAAAGUAUUAUCGAAGACCAGUUGCAGGAGAUGGAAUUGUUGGGCUACCCAGCGAAAGAUUUAGCCACUUUAUCGAACGAUGACAUUCGCCGAUGUAACUUCAAAAUUCUGUUUGCAACCGCCGAAAAAGUCAAAGAGAAGCCCUUCCGAGCAAUGUUGAUGGACUCCAAAUCGAAGUUACAUCGAAACAUCUCGGCUAUUGUGGUGAACGAAUCGCACACGGUCGAGACAUGAACAGGAAAAAGGAAGAAAGCUCUAACUUGUUUUUGUUGCGUCUAAAGAGUAUUGGUGUAGCUACAAGGGAUGUCGAUUUUUAUAAGCUUUCUAUUGAAAUGCACUGGAAAUUUUACACAACUGUAAUGAUUUCUAGUUCGCACCCUAGCAUGAAUCUAGCUUUGAGAUUGAAUGGAUGAGAUUCGAGAUUACCCGAGUAAAAUUACAACUGUUGCUUUGAUCAUAAGUUGCUUUUGUUUGAUUAUGACAAGUGCUUUAUCGUUUCAUUUUAGGAAGAACUCCAAGGGUACCGGUGGAACAGCUUUCAGAAAAGCUUAUGGAGAACUUGCUGUUCUGAGAUCUUUGUGCAAAGAAGGUUAGUUAUUUUUAAUUAUCAUCCCAUACGUUUAAAUCCUGAAAGUGGGGUAAUUGACAUUUUAGGUUGGAAAUGAUAAUGAAAGUAUUGGGAGGAAGACUAUUGUAAAGUAAUAGGUUCUAUACUGUAGAAGCUUUGUCGAAACCAUUGCAAAAAUAUUUUUACUGUUUACUUAUACAUACACUCCCUUUGUUUCAUGGUAACAGUACAGUGAUUAAUAAUAAUCAUUCUCUUUACUUAUUUUAGGAACUCCCAUUCUUGCUUUAACUGGGACAGCUGAUGAUACAACUAAGAGCACAAUAUGCGGGGAGCUGUCCUUACAUGAAGAUGUCCUUAAGAUCUUUAUUAGUCCUCACAGGCCAAACAUCAGGAUUUCUGUCACCAAAGUAAAGAAGGACGACAUGGACAAACAAAUUGAUUAGCUCGUGGAGGAAAGUGAAAGAGAAAGGAGAUACAACACCCAAGACCAUAAUCUUUUGCAGCACCCUUAAAGAUAUAGCAACUGUGGUCAACUUGCUAUUCUUCAAGCUAGGUAAACAUGCCACUGUGCCUGUUGGCUCAUCAGACUAUGAAAACUUUAUUAUUGGAAUCUUCCAUUCUGUCAGUUGGCCCAAAAUGAAGGAGAAGCUUCUAGCAGAUUUUAGAAAGCAGUAAAAAAAAAGCAUAAUCGUAUCUAGUACUGCUCUCAGUAUGGGCGUAAACUUUGGGGAUGUUAGGUACAUCAUUAACUGGGGUCCCGCACGAAAUUAA